AUGCCUGGAGACCCAGUUUUGACCACGGGCGGUGCUAGUCAGCCAGAGCCUUCUCAGUCCAGUGAUAUUUACGCAGUUGCCCUAAAGCUGCCUACCUUCUGGCCUGACAGUUGUGAGUCCUGGUUUAUCAAUGCUGAGUCUCAGUUCCACUUAAAGAACAUUACCAGCAGCGUUACCAAGUUCCACCAUGUCGUUGCAUCGCUCCCUCAGAAUGAAAUCGAUAAUGUGGUUGAUCUAAUCAGGAAUCCAUCAGCAACGGAUCCUUACGGAAUUCUCAGAGCUUGUCUCCUUCAAACACACUCCCUGAUGGAUUACGCCUGGUGUGAAUCAAUAAUGUCACUUCCCUUGUCUGGAGAUAUGUUACCCUCUGCUUUGUUGUCCAGGAUGAGAGCUCUCCUUCCUAUCGAGCACCAAGACUGCCUAUUCCUAGGGUAUGCCUUCCUGAAACAACUUCCAGCUGACGUCAGGUCUCAUCUAGUUCAUGAAAAAGCCGUUGACAUCUCUAUUCUUGCUCAACGCGCUGAUGAGAUUUACAGAAGCAGUUUACUUCAAAUUCAGCUGUAA